ACGUGCAUCGGAGACGCGCGCCGUUUCCGUGGCAACAUCAUCAUCCUCUCCUUUCCAACACCUCCCUCCCUCCCUCCCUCGCUCUCUCUCUCACAGUUCAAACCGAGGGAGCGGUUGGAAAGGGGGCGCCUGAGUGAAGAGGAGGAGCGCGUGCACCCCUGCUGCUGCUGCUGCCGUCUUCAUGGGAACCAUCGGCGCGCGGCCAGGCGGAGGCCCGGCCUCCAGCGGCUGACUUUGAAAAGAGAGGGCGGGGAGGAGACGGCGGCGGCCAUGUCGCGUCGUCGUCGCCGCUGCUCUGCCAGCGCGGCGCUGAGCUGGCGGCAGGACCAAGCCCUGAGCAGCACCAUGCGGAUCCUGAGGGAGCUGGGCCCCACCGCUUUCGUCCUGCAGGAGGAGGAGGACAACGAAUGGGAGCGGGAGGCCCCGGGGUUCCGGGUUACCCUGGGGAAUCCUCACUCCUGCAGCUGCUCAACAUUUGUGAAAGAGAAAGAGCUCUGUAAACAUAUUUGCUGGUUAUUAUUAAAAAAAUUCAAACUUCCAAGAAACCAUGAAUAUGCUUUACAGGUUGGUCUUAAAGAGAGAGAGAUCAUCUAUGUACUUCAGUAUCAACAAACUGAUUCCCAACCAAGAAUAACUGAGAGUUUCACUGUGGAGUCACAGACAGCUUCUGAUGGGUACAUUAAACAAAAAGAAAUUGAUAACGAUGAUGUAUGCCCUAUUUGCCAAGAGACAUUACUCAAGAAAAUGCUUCCUGUCACUUACUGCAGAUACGGUUGUGGCAACAGUGUACACAUAGUUUGUAUGAAGAUCUGGAUUGAUCAUCAGAAGGAAUUGGAGAAAGACGCUUUGGUGAAAUGCCCUCUGUGCCGGGAACAUUUUGCACCACUGAAGCUCCUCAUGGAGGAAUUCAGAAACUGUAAAAGACUUGUGACAACAGCAGAAAAAACACGUCUUGACAAGCAUCUUGGAAUCCCUUGCAAUAACUGCAAAGUGUGCCCUAUAGAGGGAAAGUGCUACAAGUGUACUCAGUGUAGUGAUUUCCACGUGUGCGACAAAUGUUUCAACAGUUUUUGUCAUCCUUCACAUACUUUCGCUUUCAGAGAGAAAAGGAAUCAAACAUGGAGGUCAUGGAGGUCACUUGAGUCUACAAUACAACUAUCAACUUCAGAAGAAAAUCUGCAGAGCGUUCAUUCAGAGGACAGCUCUAAUGAAAUAUUAAGUGGCACUCCAGUACAAAUAAUAAACUCAUUACCUACUGUGCUGGUUAGGAAAAGUAGCGGUUUACUUGAUCCGGGUUUGCAGUGUAGACUCUGUUUGAAGGUAUUUUGCCUUGGUCAAGUUACAAAAUUUUUGCCGUGUAACCACAAGUUCCACAGGAAAUGCAUUGACAAUUGGUUGCACAAAGAAAAUGCCUGCCCUAUUGAUGGACACUUAGUCUAUAACCCAUUAGCCCGGGAAGAUGUACCAUUCAAAGAUAAACCAAAUUUGUCGGAAUCUCAAGAAAAGAAUAACGUUGCAAAGCAGAAUGAGCAAGAACUUUUCAUACCAGGCACUGGAUUGCUUUCCAAGCCAAUGAAGUCUAUGCUUAGGAAGAUACAGGCUAACCUUCAAGGACGUUGUAACAAGAUGAAAAGCCAAACAGAAUUGGACCACAAUUUAACACUGAGUGGGUUCACCUACAUUCCUACACGACACUCUGGUCCUAGUCUGAAUAGCAUUCAAAAGGCCAGAAAUCUGAUGUUUUCUAGAUAUGCUAAGGGCUUAGCCCAUAUGCCAAAGCCUACAGUUCCACUGAAUCCAAUUGCCAGUGCCUUAAGAGGUUUAUCUUUAAAUGGGAAUUCACAUUACGAUUGUGAUGCUUUACACAUUUGAGAGUACACCUCAACUGGAUGUACUUAGGAGUAAAUGUUAAGUAGGAUCAGGAUGCAAGCUUUGGUUCAGUAGGUUCACACAAAAUAGUAUAUUUUUCUCCACAUUUAAAAGCCUCCACUACUAGUACCUUUAACUUAUUUUAAGUUUGUAUUUCACCUUAUUUUAAGUUUGUAUUUUACCUUAUAGAAAAUUAUGUCAGGCUACAUGAUGCUUGUCUGAAAUACAUGUUUAAUGUUUAAUGUUUCCAUUAAUAUGUAUGGUUAUUUUAAUACCAUACUGAAAUACAUGUUUAAUGUUUCCAUUAAUAUGUAUGGUUAUUUUAAAAAAUUCAUUGACUUUGAAACAUACACAUUUACCCUUACUGUGCUUCUGCAGUGCAUGCCUGAGGUUAAACAGAACUGAGAUGGCUGCUGUACUUUCCCUGCCUGAUUCAGCAACUGGAGGUGCAGACAUCUAUCCCUUUUUAAAAUUUUGAAAUCUCACAUAGAUGCUGUUUAGGAAUGGGAAAUGGAACUGGAUUCAUCCCAGUCUGUCUGAUCAUCCAUUUAAAAGAUUCUUGUCUGUGUUACGUUGAACCAGAACCAUUAUUUCAGCAGUAUUGUCUUGUACUAAUAAUCAAAACAUGCACUGCAGAUGAAUUCACUAACAAAUCUAACAUAAAUAACCAGAAUGUUUUAUACAAAAACAGAGAGCUUCUCAUAAAUAACCUGUAACUGUGUAAUGAAAAAUUGUAUUUUUCAUCUCCACACCGUGAAUUGUGGCAGACAAGAUUCUUGUGCAAACUUGUAAGAAUGCUGAAAAUAGAGGUGCUGCUAGAUAACAUUCUUGGGAAAAGAAGUCAAACUUACCGUAUUUUUGGUCAAUUACCAGCUAAUUUAUUAUUGCAGUUCUGUUAUUGGGCUUUGUUCAUUUAAAAUAAACAUACAUGGAACUUAA